ACAUCUGUUCCGAGCCGAGAGGAGCGCAGCGCAGCGUCUCGGCGGCUCUAGUGACUGAAGAGUCUGGACGAACCCGCACCGCAGCCGCACCUACUUACCUACCGCGUACAAAUACACAGAUUUAUAUCCUACACGUAUUCGCAGUUGUAGUUCGGUAGUUUUCCGUUCGACCGGGACCUCCAGCUCGUCGCCAUGACCGCCCUGUCGCUGCUUUUGUUGGCCGUGUCGGCGGCAUCUGCACUGGCCGAGUCCACUGUGUAUUUCCGAGAGCAAUUUGAAGAUGGGGGCGCCUGGAAGAGUCGCUGGGUGGAAUCCAAGCACAAGUCCGACUACGGCAAGUUCGUCCUGACAGCAGGGAAGUUCUACGGAGAUGCAGAGAAAGAUAAAGGCCUGCAGACCAGCCAGGAUGCCCGUUUCUACGCCCUGUCCACCCGUUUUGAUGACUUCAGCAACCAGGGCCAGCCGCUGGUCAUCCAGUUCACUGUGAAGCACGAGCAGAGCAUCGACUGUGGAGGAGGCUACAUUAAACUGUUCCCCUCUGAGGUCAGCCAGGAGGACAUGCAUGGAGACUCGGUCUACAACAUCAUGUUUGGUCCUGAUAUUUGCGGCCCGGGCACAAAGAAAGUUCAUGUGAUCUUCAACUACAAAGGCAAGAACCAUCUGAUUAACAAGGACGUCCGGUGCAAGGACGAUGAAUACACCCACUUGUACACGCUGAUCGUCAACCCCGACAACACCUACGAGGUGAAGAUCGACAACAAGAAGGUCGAGUCCGGCAACCUGGAGGACGACUGGGACUUUCUGCCUCCCAAGAAAAUUAAGGACCCUGAGGCCAAGAAGCCAGAAGACUGGGAUGACCGGGAGAAGAUCCCCGACCCUGAUGAUAAGAAACCAGAGGAUUGGGACAAACCUGAGAACAUCCCUGAUCCUGAUGCCAAGAAGCCCGACGACUGGGACGACGAGAUGGACGGAGAGUGGGAGCCUCCGAUGGUCACCAACCCUGAUUACAAGGGCGAGUGGAAACCCAGAGAGAUCAGCAAUCCGGCCUACAAGGGAAAGUGGAUCCACCCUGAGAUCGACAACCCCGAGUACACAGCUGAUUCUGAGAUCUAUAAGUACGACAGCAUCGGCGUGAUCGGCCUCGACUUGUGGCAGGUCAAGUCUGGCACCAUCUUUGACAACUUCCUCAUCACCAACGACCCGAACGUGGCGGAAGAAGUCGGCAACGACACCUGGGGCAAAACUAAGGAUGCUGAGAAGAAGAUGAAGGAAAGCCAGGAGGAGGAGGAGCGAAAGAAGCGCGAGGAAGAGGACAAGAAGAGGAGGGACGAGGCAAAGGAGGAGGACGAGGAGGAAGAGGAGGAGAAGGAUGAGGAGGAGGAGGAGGAGGAGGAAGAGGGAGAGGAGCGCGAGGAGGAGGAAGAAGAGGAAGAAGAGGAGGAAGAGGAGGAUGAAGGCACAGACUCUAAACUCAAGGACGAGUUAUAAACUCAGGAACUGCUCAGACUGUCUGUGUCGGUGAGCCAUCGGAGACCAAGCUGGACACUGAGAUGAUCGACCCUCAUGACCACCGGGCUGGGCUUUUCUUUAGCUUGUUUACAAUGCAGGGGGAGGAUAAAAGGGCAAUUACUGUUUUGUUUUAUUAUUAUUAUUAUUAUUAUUAUUAUUAUUAUUAUUAUUAUUAUUAUUAUUAUUAUUAUUGAACAAGGAAUAGUAAUAGGAAUAUUUCACGUCAAAAUGUCAUGACCGGAAAUUUAAAAAGUCCAACUCAAAUAUGUAAAUUGUCAUUUUACAAAACAAACAAACAAACAAAGAAAACCUGGGUUUUUAUGAAGUAUAAUGUCUGUGGUGAUAUGAGAAGCUAUGUUUGGUCUGUGGAUGAUAACCUGUUUUGUUUACCUCAUGCGUUUUGUUCAUUUUUGGGGGUUUUUGUUGUAAAUGUUUUGCAGUCUGUCUCACGGGAUCGGACCAGCUGAGGUUAUAUUUCCUGCUGUUAUUUAAUUCCAGCGAUUCAAACAUCAGUUAAUGGCAUGGAAGCUACAGCGCAUCAGGACUAACACUAUAUAUGUGACAGCUUGUUCAAAAAAAAAAAAAAAAGAAGCAGUCUGCUGUAGGGGUAGUUAAUACGGGAUGAAGUCCUCUGCAUAGUUUUGUACUGUAUAGUUAACAAUUUUUCACUUCAGUGCACAUACUCUAGUGUCGUGUGUCUUUAAAAUAAGCUGUACUCGAACUUAGAUGUACGUUAAGAAACACUCCAGUAGCAGGAAAUCUUCCGAUCAUUCGGUUUCACUUUAGGUUUUUGCUCAUCUUCGACCAGUUUUUUCUGCACUGCUGUACCUAACACACUAUCCCAAACAGUCUGAGAGAGGCUCCUUUUGUAAAAGACACAUUUUGUACUAAUGGCAGUAAAUGAAGCGAGGCGAUUUUCAUGUUGCUGUGUAAAAAAGAAAACGACAAAAAAAACAAAGGCAGGUGUUCUGUCAAAUAAAAACAACCAGAAGAAAACGA